GAGGCGGGAUGCAGCUCAGUGUGUGUGUGACUGCAGCCUGGUUAGCACACCGAACUCACGUUUGUAACUUUUUCUCUUUAAUAUUUCUUUCGUAAAUCCUCCAUCAUGGACCUGGACCCGGCCAUCAUCAUCCCCGCACUCCUUUUCACCGCAGUCGCCAUUUAUUUCGCUUCAUCGUAUCUGAACAAGAAGCCCGACGCCUCCGCAGUCGCUAAGAAGAAGCCCAAAGUCGGCUACGGAGACGACAUCCCUCCGUCCAGAGCCCUGGGACAACCGACCAGAUCCGAGCCUGCUCCGGUCAAAGUGAAGCCUGCUCCAGUACCAGCACCAGAACCAAUUAAAGCACCAGAGCCUGCUCCUGAACCAAUUAAAGCACCAGAGCCUGCUCCUGAACCAAUUAAAGCACCAGAGCCUGCUCCUGAACCAGUUAAAGUACCAGAACCUGAACCAGUACUAGAGAUUGUACCUGAACCCGUUGCAGCACCAGAAGUAGCUGCAGCACCAGAACCUGCACCAGAGCCAGUGUCGGAACCCGAACCUGUCCCCGAACCAGAACCAGUAUUCGAACCCGAACCUGUCCCAGAACCUGAACCAGUAUGGGAACCCGAACCUGUCCCAGAGCCCGAACCAGUAUCAGAACCAGAACCUGUCCCAGAAUCGGCUGAGGUUCCAGAGCCCGAGCCCGAGACGGUCUGGGAGCCUGAACCCAUCGUAGAGUUUACACCAGAACCAGAACCAGAACCUGAGAUUUUCCCAACCAAUGAUGAGGCUGCAGCUGACGACAUGGUGAUGUUCACUCCAGGAAAGAAACAGAGCAAGUUUGAGACGAUGAUGACGAAGGAGGAGAUUGAGGAGGAGCAGAGGGUUCAACAGGAGCAGCUAGCAGCCAUCUUCCUGUUGCUGAGGGAGAACCAGGAGGCGCUGGGGGAGGUGACGGAGGGAGAGAUGGAGGAGCAGCUCAAGCUCUACUCCCUCUGAGACUUCAGAAAAUAUACUGUAGAUUUAUAUUUAAACUUGAACAAUUUUACUGUAUUUUAAAUGAUUAGUCAUUUUUUUUAACGUUACACUUUAUUAUAGAAAAUAUUAUUUAUUAUACCGUAUUUUUUUAAAUACUUGUUCGUAAAUUAAACCUAGCCCUUAUUUCUUUGAGUAGAAAUACUACAUUUUUCUUGAAAAACGUUGGAUUGUAUUGUCAACAUUUAACAUGUUUUCUCAAAAUAUUUGAUUUUGUUAAAGAAUUAUGAUUUUUUUCUUCAGAUAUUUCAAGUUUUCCUCAUAGUGAUCUUAAAAUAUUCAAACUAAAAUCUCAGUUUAAAUGCUUUAUUUAAAGGGGACCUAUCAUGCAAAAUGCACUUUUGUACGUCUUUUAUACAUGAAUAUGUGUCCCCGGUGUUCCAGGGAACUCACCAAGUGUCAGAAAAUACAACCCUCUCUAUUUUCCUCCAUACCCAAAUCUCUAAAAAAGGGGCUGCAACGGAUCUGAUAAAAACUGAUCCAGAUUUGAACACUUUCCUGACGUCAGGACAGUGGCGCUACGGCUAUUGGGCCAACUCCACCAAUCAGGAGGAGACAGCCACGGCCAUUGCCGUUCGAAAGCGCUGGAGACGCUGUAGUACAUAUGCCAGGCCUGUAGGUGGUGCUGUUCUCACUGAAUCUGCCCUUGCAACUAAAGAGCUAAAAAAUGUCAAAUUGAGCAAAAUGAGGCAUGGCUAAAAUGCAUGAUCUGUUUGGUAUUUUGAAAAAAAAAAAGUAUAAAUAUGCCUUAUAUAGGUAUGGUCCUACACUAUAUUAUUCAAAUAUAGCAUGAUAGGUCCACUUUAAUAUAUAUUUUAUAAUUUUAGAAUAUUAUUCCUGAUACUGUAGAUGUAAGAUGUUAUUGCUAAAGAAGCGCAAUAUCCCAGAAAAACAUAUCCGUUUUUCUUUCAGAAUUGUUGUUUUUAAUUAAAAUAUUUAAACUUUUCU